GAUUGAUAGGCGCGCCGCCGACACAAUGAUGAGCCCGAGCGCCGGCGAGUGGCUGCAGCGCCCCAGAAUGAGCGCUCCGCUGUCGCUGAGCCGGGUCGCUCGGGCGGCGCUGAAGACGCUAAAGAAAGUGCCACCAGCGUGCUCCAGAGUAAUGAGCAGCACGGCAGGAUCUCAGCCCACCUUUGGCCUCCUUGUUGACAUUGAUGGAGUGUUGGUGAGAGGAAAAACACCCAUACCGGCCGCCAGGGAAGCUUUCAAGAAGAUAGUGAAUCCCAAGGGGGAGUUUUUAAUACCUGUUGUAUUUGUCACAAAUUCAGGAAAUUGUGUCCGGCAAACAAAAGCUGACCAGCUAACUAGAGUAUUGGGAGUGAAAAUUUCCCAGGACCAGGUUAUGAUGUCUCACAGUCCACUCCAGAUGUUUAAACGCUACCAUGACAAGAGUGUUCUGGUGUCUGGGCAGGGGCCAGUCAUGGACAUCGCUAAAAGUAUUGGUUUUACUCGUGUUAUUACCAUAGAAAUGUUGCGUGAGGCAUUUCCCUUACUGGAUAUGAUGGAUCAUGAUAGAAAGCCUAAAUUGUCGCCAUCUAUGCCCAUAGAGCUUCCGAACAUUGAAGCUAUUAUCCUGCUUUGUGAGCCUGUCCAAUGGGAGGCACACCUUCAGCUGAUUAUUGAUGUCCUCCUGACUGGUGGAAACCCAGAAAUAACUCCUCGACAGUUCCCUAGCCCUCAUAUUCCUGUGGUGGCUUGUAAUACAGACUUGAUGUGGGUCGCAGAGGGCAAAUCGCCAAGGUUUGGCCAUGGAGUAUUUAUGCUGUGUCUUGAAGAGAUUUACAAGAAAAUCACGGGCAAUGAUCUUAAGUAUGAGUUCUUAUUAGGAAAACCAAGUGAAAUAACCUACCAUUAUGCAGAGUGUCUAAUAAGGGCUCAAGCUGCUGGAAGAGGGUGGCAGAAGCCCAUUCAUACACUUUACGCCAUUGGGGAUAAUCUAAUGACUGACAUCUAUGGUGCUAAUCUGUACAAUCGCUACCUUGAAGAGGAAUCCUCGACUAAAGGCUCCUUGGUGCACGCCAAAGUUGCUGCAGGAAAACCAACAGCAACAGUUUGUCAGGACGAAGAUCUUAAUAUAAUGGCAGGUGGACUGACAGAGAGCUCUGCUACUUCCUGUAAGUCUGUGCUGGUUUGCACGGGUGUCUACAACCCCUGUAAGGAUGAUCUAAAAGGCCAUGAGGAAUUGAUUACGGGAUCUGUAUUCCAUGGCCACAGGGACUUUAGCUUUGACGCCGAUUUAUGUGAUCCAGACUAUAUCGUACCUAAUAUUGAUGCUGCUGUGGAACUGGUCUAUAAGUUGGAAAACUAUGUGCCAAACUAAUGCUUUUUGUUUAUAAAGCUUUGACCUAUCAGUUCAACUUGCAUCUGGAGAUAGAAAAAGUAGAUUUUUACAAAGAAUUGUAUAAAAGCAAGUUGCCUUGUUUGGUUCAAAUAUCAAAUUGUCUUCCAUAUGGUUUCCCUCUGCUUUGGCAGGGUUACCCCAAGAUACAAGUGUAAGUGUUUGUGGCCAAAAUGUUAAUUUGAUCAUGUAAGCCCAACUAGCUUCUUAAUUUGUGUCACCCCAUGGUCCAGUAGUUCCCAUAUGUUUUGCUAACAUAGCAAAGGACUAACUUGUCCUCUCUCUAUGGAUCACAUCUACAAAAAAUACUCUUUCCACAGUCAGAAUCAACGUGGCUUUUUUAACCAUAUUGUUAAUAGUUGUAUGGAUACAAGUUCCAUGAUAAUUUAGUGAAAUAUGUUGGUGCUUUUAAUUUAUUUUAAAUUCCUGACAAAAGCAUAAAUUGCGCAUUGAGAGAAUGCUGCUGCUGUUGAUUAAGCCAACACUCUGGAGAUUAAAAAAACACUCUGUUUUAUAAUGUUAUUGAUCUUACUCUUUUGAUGGAGAACUGUUAAGUUUAAGAUAAAAGGACUAAAAUAAUUUGUCAUAUUUCCCCCUCUCCCCACUUCAUAAUCAUAGCCCACAUCAAGGCAUAUGUGUAUAAAUAGAAGUCGGUAUAUACGUGGUUACCGGUUUGGUACCUGUACAGUUUUCUAUUUCCUGUUUGUAUAAUUAGUUAGUGCAAUAGCAAUGGUGCAAAACCACUCUUAAUUAUUCUUUUGAUAAGACUGAUUAAUGUCAUGUUAAUAACUUUUCUAUAAUGUCAGUAUUUUGUAAUGUAUUUUGUUACCCAGAAAGUAGAUGAGAAGGUAGUCCUCUUCCAAUAUUAAGUUAAAUGGUCUGCGAAUGUAUGUUAUUUACUAUGAUAUGACUAUACAUCUUAAACAGUACUUCAAUAUUGUGGCAUGCACUGCCACUUUAGUAAGAUUAUCUUUAAAUAUGACGACUUGCCAUAUUGAACAAAAACUGCCAUCAAAGACGUGGAUUAAUUAAUAACCUUGUUAGAAAAUGGGGGUUCAGUAUAUAAGAUUUUAACUACUAAAUAUUUUUUAAGUUUUCAAUUCCUCAAACAACUCUAAUGUGGAAAUCCCCCACUUAAGUAUUAAACUAUAAACUCUG